AUGUCAAAUGCCUUUGAAGAUAUUUAUGAUGGCAAAGCACUAUUCGACCAAUUUGACCCGGAUAUUCAACAACAAAUUGAUAUCUUGUGCAAUGAAAUCAAGUCAAUUCUCCAAGAGGGUGUCGAGCUACUAGAACGUCGAUAUGGCUUACCUUCCGAACCAACUCGCCCAGUUGCUUCAAAGUGUAAGCAAAAAUCAUCACAUGUUACCUUCUCGCUCCGCUCAAGUCCAUCGUUGCCAGCUCUAUUGAAGUGGUCUCUCCGCGACAAGAAGCGAGUCGAGGCUAUUCUACAUUCAUACAAAGAUCGAAAUUCACGACUCAAGAGAAAGGUAGAGCUUUGGUGCCUGGCAUCGCAGUUGGGUAUUUCCUUUGACCAUUUGGUGCAUCUCCAGACAGACGACACGUCCCGGAGACUGGGGUUUGACAAAGAUGCAUCUCUCCGUCUGGCACAAUCGAGCUGGGGAAAGAUCGAGGAAUCCCUGGAGCUGACAGAUCCGGUGUGGGAUUUAUAUCUAAAGAGAAUUCAGCCUAUUGAGCACCAAGGGAUGUUCACCAUGUUUAUGAAAGAUGGGGUCGCCCACAUGCAAGAAAAUCAUUACCAUAAUUACCCAGAGCCAGCACUUGAAGCGAGAACCAAAAGCAAGAUUGAAUACCUAGCACACUUGCUUCACCAACCCAAGGAGCAGCUUUUCCGCAUCCUUCCCUGUGUAGAGUGGAAAUAUAUCCAGGAUCAGAGCUGCAUUUCCUUUGUCUUUGAGGUUCAGCCAAAACCAGCAGGGGCCCCGGUGAGCCUCCAACGCCUUCUCUUUGGUAUGGAGCAUCGUCCAGAGCUCGGUGAUAAAUUCAGACUUGCAUUGGGGCUAUCGGAGUGCAUUGCCCAACUCCACAUGGUUCAGUGGCUACACGAGAGUUUCCGGAGCGACAAUAUUCUCCUCUUUCCCCAUCCCGCCUCAGAUGACCUACUGGACCAGCGUGACAUGAAUUUUACCGCCCCUUGGGUCCUGGGGUUCGAGUACAGUCGUCCGGAUCCCUUCUUCUCAGCAGAACAGGCUGGUUUCGAACCAACGCGGGAUAUCUAUCGACAUCCAGAUCGACAGGGCCAACAAAAGGAGACAUUCAAGAAGAUCCAUGGUAUCUAUGCCUUGGGAGUAGUCCUCCUCGAAAUUGGUCUAUGGGAGCCUGCAGUGAAGCUACAAAAGAACAAAGUGGAGGAUGAUACAAGGGAAGACUUGAAAUUGCAGCAGGCUUUUCGACACCAAGUGAUCGAUGUAAUUGAGCAGGCAGCAAACCAUGUUUAGAUAAACCUUGGCGUUUGAGCUUUGGUUCGAGGUAGACAUCGGCGCCGAACCUGAAAAUAGGAAUCCAUGCCCUUCCCACUGCUUGCUUUAUGGCAUGCCCUAACUGGGUUUAGUCUAGCCUCCCUUAUUGG